AUGGGCUCCAGACAACCAUCCACUGAUCUCUCCAAUGAGAUUGUAAUCGUCGACAAUGUCUCGAUCGUCGGUGACAAUCUGACAUGGACUCGGGCCGAAGUUUCCGAGCAGGCUCCUCGCCAUGAGCUCUUGUUUGUCUUCAUGGCAGGAAAACUCGGCACCGGUCUCGACUUUCUACUCUGUUUUCUCAAACAAGAUGCCGAAAACAAGGAACACCCUUUUCGACUGUCGGUCCUGAGGACCACGCAGAUACCCUCCGAACUCCUCGACCUCAUGGUCACUGGGCUGCCUCCCCAUCUCCAACACGGCGUCACCAGCAAAUCUGGAAUCACAAACCAUGUCGACAUUAUCGUCUCAACAAAGUCUGGCACGGGGCUGGCCCUGACGGUCUGGCAGGACGUACUGCAGCCCCUGUGGGACUUGGUUGCUAGGCACAAGGAACGCACCGACGGUUUGACGGUCGAUUCAUCCAAGUCGCACUACAGGGUCACCAUCACAGAGAGCCCAGAGACUGUUCGGGAAUUCUCACGGCAACUGUGGGUUCCUGAUGGCGGUCACUCUUGUGGGAGGACCGUCGUGCUUCUCAGUGGCGACGGCGGUGUUGUGGACCUUCUGAAUGGUUCUGAUGGAGAUGAGCCGCCUGAAGUUCCUCCUGUGAUUGCCUUGCUACCUCUAGGAACGGGGAAUGCCCUUUUCCAUUCGACCCACAAGCCUUUAUACUCUAGCCCAGGCCCAACACCACUCGUCCAUGGUCUACGAACUCUCUUCCGAGGAGUGGCCCAUGACCUCCCCGUCUUCCGGGCAUCCUUCUCGCCUGGAUCCCGCAUCGUCACAUUCGCCGACAAAUCCGCCAAAUCACCCUCUGCCGCCGUCGACCCGACCCAGCUGCAGAAGCAAGAGACAUCAGUGUCGCACCUCCAGGGGGCCAUCGUCGCCAGCUACGGCUUUCACGCGAGCAUCGUCUACGAGAGCGAUACCCCUGAGCACCGCGUCCACGGGGACAAGCGCUUCGGCAUGGUCGCUCAGGAGCUCCUGCGCGAGUCUCACGCGUACGCCGCAGAGGUGUCUAUCCGCCGUCGUGGUUCCACCGCCUUUGAGGUCAUCCCCCGCGACAAGCACGCCUACGUUCUGACGGCCCUUGUGUCGAACCUCGAGCGCAAGUUCACAAUCUCCCCCGCGACUCGGCCCCUGGAUUCGCGACUUAGGCUUGUUCACUUUGGUCCCAUCGGCGGCGAGCGCACCAUGAAUGUUAUGCUAAAGGCGUAUGAGGAGGGAAGCCAUGUUGGCAUGGAGUGGGAUGAUGGCGAGCGUGUUGGCUAUGAUGAAGUGGACGAGGUUAGAAUUACUGUUCUUGAGGAUGAUGAGAGGUGGCGAAAGGUUUGCAUCGACGGAACCAUUGUGGAAAUUCCCAAGGGCGGGCAGAUGAGUGCCAAGAUGCUGGAUCACAUCAUUGUCAGAAUCUUGGCCGACACUCAUCUCUGGGAGGGACAAAGGUCCUCAGAACUAUGA